AUGAAAAUCCCUGUGCUUCAGUCUUCAUUUUCAUUGCUGGUUUUCAGCUUCAAGCAGCUAUUAUCAUUUUGCCCAUCGAUUUGAGCAGUCAAAUUUUACAGCUUUUGCAUUUGACCAAUGAGGAUAUGGAAGAAGUGGAGCUGCAAGAGGAGAGGUAAGAGAUAUAAGCGUAACAUUAGGCUAGGUGUUGAGUUUAUAAAGAAAAUAAGAUAG